AUGGCGUGGGCACUGAGGCUGAGGCUGCUGCUGCUGCUCGCGGUGGCGGCCGCGGCGACCGGCGGCCGCGUCGACCUGUGGCCAAUGCCGGCGUCGGUCACCCGCGGCGCGCAGACGCUCCUCCUCAACAGGGACCUCAAGCUGUCCACGGCCGGGAGCAGCUACGCCGACGGGAAGGGCAUCCUGAAGGAGGCGUUCCAGCGGAUGGUGGCCGUCGUGGAGCUGGACCACGCCAUCAACGGGACCUACUCCUCCCAGGGCGCGCCCGUGCUUGCCGGUGUCCGCGUCGCCGUCCGUUCGCCCAGCGACGUGCUCAACUUCGGGGUGGACGAAUCGUACAAGCUGUCUGUGCCUGCCACCGGGAAUCCUCUGUAUGCCCAGAUCGAGGCUCAAACAGUUUAUGGAGCGCUUCAUGCCUUGGAGACAUUUAGUCAACUGUGCAACUUUGACUUCAAUGCAAACUUGAUUGAACUUCAUUCAGCUCCAUGGACUAUCCUGGACGCUCCCAGAUUCCCUUACCGAGGGCUCCUUAUCGAUACUUCAAGGCACUAUCUUCCUGUCCCAGUAAUAAAAAGUGUAAUCGAUUCAAUGACCUUCAGUAAGCUGAAUGUUCUUCAUUGGCAUAUCGUGGAUGAGCAAUCAUUUCCGCUUCAGAUACCUUCCUACCCAAAAUUAUGGAAUGGUGCAUACUCUUAUUCAGAGAGAUAUACAUUUGAUGAUGCAAUCGACAUUGUACAGUAUGCUGAAAAACGAGGCGUGAAUGUCUUGGCUGAGAUUGAUGUACCUGGCCAUGCUCUUUCAUGGGGUGUCGGAUAUCCAUCAUUGUGGCCAUCGACUACAUGCAAAGAACCGCUUGAUGUCAGCAAUGACUUUACAUUUCAAGUGAUUAAUGGAAUUCUUUCAGAUUUCAGCAAGGUUUUUAAGUUCAAGUUUGUCCAUUUGGGGGGAGAUGAAGUAAACACAAGUUGCUGGAGUACCACACCACACAUUAAGUCAUGGUUGCUGCAACAUGGCAUGAAUGAAUCUGAUGCCUACAGAUAUUUUGUAUUGAGAGCUCAAAAGAUAGCAAUAUCACACGGUUAUGACAUCAUUAACUGGGAAGAGACAUUUAACAACUUUGGAGACAAGCUGGAUCGUAAAACUGUGGUGCAUAACUGGCUUGGAAGUGGAGUUGCAGAGAAAGUGGUUGCUGCUGGUUUGAGAUGCAUCGUAAGCAACCAGGAUAAGUGGUACCUAGAUCACUUGGAUGCUACAUGGGAAGGAUUUUACACGAAUGAACCACUGACAAAUAUCUACAACCCGGAGCAGCAGAAAUUAGUACUUGGUGGUGAGACAUUCAGCAGACCAUUUGGCCACGUGCUGCAGCAGCUGCAGAUCCAUUCUUAUAAAAUAGCAAAAUUAAGUAGACUAGCAGUCACGAUGUACUGUGAUACAGACAUUCUAUUCUUGGGUUAUAUAGUAGCACAUAGAUCAUCUUGGGUUCACAAGGGACACAAUAUCUGCGCCAAGGCAGUUGAUGUUCUCUUCGCAUACCCAGAACAUAAGCAAUGA